GCGGCCGCCGGCGGAGCCCUAGGAGCUCCGCUGAGCGGCGGGAAGCCGAAGGAGCCCGAGGAGGAGGAGGGCACGCGCCCGCUCGAACGGGUAUUUUGAAUGAUUUAGCAUGGACCCUGUUGCUAGUCACAGCUGCCACCUUCUUCAGCAGCUUCAUGAGCAGCGUAUUCAAGGCCUUCUUUGUGACUGUAUGCUGGUGGUGAAAGGAGUCUGCUUUAAGGCACAUAAAAAUGUGUUAGCUUCUUUCAGUCAGUAUUUUAGGACUUUAUUUCAGAAUUCUUCGGGCCAGAAGAAUGAUGUUUUUCAUUUGAAUAUAAAAAAUGUAGGAGGCAUAGGGCAGAUACUGGACUUCAUGUACACUUCUCACCUGGAUCUUAACCAAGAUAACAUACAGACGAUGUUGGACAUAGCACAGUGUUUACAAGUACAAAAUGUAUUGAACAUGUGUCACGCAUUUUUGAAAUCUACUGCUAUCGAGCAGUCACCCGGCUUGCCUUGUAACAGUGCGUUCUCCCUGCACAGUGCUCUGGCUGCUGAUUCUAAUGGUAUUAUGAGUGAAAACUACCCUCCUCACCUACUACAAGAGUGUUCAGCAGGUACACAGCCUCAUAAGGUUUUGGAUGGCCAGCCUUCCCACGGACCACAAUCAGUUCAUCUUCAGAAUUCUUCGGGUGAAGGACCAAAACAGACAUCUGAUGCUAUAGGUGGCACCUGUACAGAACUUCCAUUUAAGCAGUCACAUUACUAUUACAAACUUAGAAACUUUUACAGUAAACAGUUCUAUAAACAAACUUCUUGUUCCAGUCACGAACGAGUCAUUGAGCAGCCCUUUGCUUUCAGUGCAUCUACAGAUCUUAACCCAGUAGAAAACCAUGACUGUACUGUCAGUCCCUCUGAAUGUAUCUUGGAGUCUUCUGAACACCUCCCUUCUAACUUCCUUGCCCAGCCUUUGAAUGAAGCCGCCCCAGAUCUGGAGUCCGAUGGCACAUCAUUGCUGCCUGCUGAACAGAGGAGAUUGAAAAAAGCUAUCCACCUCAAGAAACUAAGCUUCCUAAAAUCACAACAGUCUGCAGAAGAAUCAUCUGAAGCUAAAGCAGAUCAUAGUUUAGCAAAAGGAAUAGCAGAGUCACCUUUAGUUAGUGAAAGCACCGUAGAGAAAGCUAUUAGUCAAGGUACUGAAGAAAAAGAAAGUGAAGAAAUCAUCAGUUCAGAGCAUUUUGAUUGUGUUGCUGAAAUUGCAAGGACUGAGGGCACUGUCGUCUUGAAAGACCAGACACAAACGCUGCAGCUGCAAAGACAGUACACUUGUGAGCUAUGUGGAAAGCCUUUCAAACAUCCCAGCACGUUGGAGCUUCACAGACGGUCACAUACAGGUGAGAAACCUUUUGAAUGUAACAUUUGUGGGAAACACUUCUCCCAGGCAGGUAAUCUACAGACUCAUCUACGUCGGCAUUCUGGCGAAAAGCCCUACAUCUGUGAAAUCUGUGGGAAAAGAUUUGCAGCCUCUGGUGAUGUCCAACGGCACAUUAUUAUUCACUCAGGAGAAAAACCACAUUUGUGCGACAUCUGUGGUCGAGGGUUUAGUAACUUUAGCAAUUUAAAGGAACACAAAAAGACUCACACCGCUGAUAAAGUCUUCACCUGUGACGAAUGCGGGAAAUCUUUUAACAUGCAACGCAAAUUGGUCAAGCACAGGAUCAGGCACACUGGCGAACGACCGUACAGCUGCUCGGCGUGUGGGAAAUGCUUUGGGGAAUCAGGUGACCUACGCAGGCAUGUCCGAACUCAUACUGGAGAAAAGCCAUAUACCUGUGAAAUUUGUAACAAAUGCUUCUCUCGCUCUGCUGUGCUUCGGCGACACAAAAAAAUGCACUGUGAGGCCAGCGCUGAGAGUCCAACAGCACACGAUGAGUUUGCGCGAGUCGAUGAAACAUCUGAUCUUGAAAAGUCUCAGAGCUCGGACUCUUUUUCCCAAGAUAUGUCAGUUACUUUGUUGCCAGGAUCUGUGAAGCUCCCUGUCCGUCCAGUAGGGAAUUCUUCAGUGGAAUUUAGUGGCACUUCAUCAGGUUCCUAUUGCAAGUUGAGGUCCAUGAUUCAACAAAAUGAAGUUACUGACCAGGAGAAAUUGAGUCUCGAUGCUGCUAAACUCCCCAAACCUCAGAUGCAGCAGACACCUCAUCAGUCUUAUGCUUUCCCAGAGGUAGCCACAUCAGCUGCUGAAGAGCCCCUGCAGUCUGAUAGUAUGUCCAUGAUUCGCUCGUCUGUGGCAGCUCUUGACAAUCAUUGUAAUGAUGCACUGAGCAACCGGUCAUCGUCUGCCACUUACAGGAGCUCGGAAGGACCUUUUUUUUCUAGUAUGACUCUUUGGGGUUUAGCUAUGAAGACUUUACAAAAUGAAAAUGAGUUAGAUCAGUAACACAUUCUAUUAUUAAUUCUCGUUCAGCUUAGAACUUGCCAGACUGGGAUCAUGACCAGAUUUUUUAAUCACUUUUCACUUUGCAGGCCCCAUUCUAACCAUUGUAAGAGAAAAUGACCAACUCCUUGCUCUUGGGAGUAGAGAGAAGGCAAGUUGUAGCAUCAGCCUUGGCCCAUCAUUAGGGCAAAGCACAGAUCACAGUCACAGACCAUAAUAUCUCUAUGGGACCUUAGAAGUGCUCUGUUCCAUUUUAUAAAUAAGACAACUGAAAUAGUCUUUCCCUUCCCACCUCUUUCUCCCCCCGCCCCAGAGAAAUGACAUGUCCAUGAUCUCAUAGGUAGAGCAGAAAUGUCGGAUAUAGAAAAAGAUUUCAGAGACCUUAUCUAACCCUCUCAUUUUACAGAAGAGGAAGCUGAAGGUCAGAAAACUUGCCCAGGUCUACACAGAGCCUUUUCAAUCCAGUUUGCCUGACUACCGAUCCAGUUUUCUUUUCACUGUGCUACAUGUUGUUAGAUAAUAGCUUGAGUCAGAAAACCCAGAGGGUUUUUAUAAACUUUCAGUUUACAUGAUAAUUGCAAACAUUUAGGUAAUAUGUUACUACACACUUGAUAACUACUGUGCAUUUUUUUCCUAGUCAGGGUAAAAGUUGUGUAUCCAGAAUUUUAUUUUUACAUUUGUAAAAAAAUAAGACUUGCGUUUCCAGUAUUUUUAUAUACAUAUAUAUUUUUUAAAACCCUAAAUAUUUUACACGAAGAUUUUAUUUGUAUAUGUAGCUCAUAUACUGUAAUUUAAUAAGUGGAAACUGUCUUUCUGUGUGGUAGGAUAUAAUACUAUAUUUUAUAUGUAUAUGUAUUCAGUUCAGCAAACAUUAAGUGCUUACUAUGUCACUGUUAGAUGUUUGUACAAAAACUUUAUAGUCUAAUGGGAUGGGCCGAAGGACAUGUACACUAUAUAACACAUGUACACAAAUAAUGGGAAAAAGGGAGAAUGAGAUAAAUGCCAGAAGUCUAUGAGAAAUUUGAGAAAAGACAUUUUCACUUUUUGUGGAGUGAGGGGAGGUAUGGAAUCUGAGCUGGUACUUAAAAAGAGAGGCCCCCACAGAUGAAGUAUUUGGGCAGAGGGGCAUCCAUUUCAGGUAUAGAGGAUGGAAAGAGCAGAUUCAUGGGGGCAGAACAAGGCUGGAUAUGAAGAAGAAGCAAAAAUUAACUCAGUUGUUCUGGAGUGUAAAAUGCAUUUUUAUUUUGUUAAAUACUUCCCAAUUACAUUUUAAUCUAGUUCAGGCCACACUCAGGAGGGUUGGGGCCACAUACAGCCAGGCCCUCAUGUUUUGACAUAUCUGAUGUAGCAGACAGAUUGAGAGGGAAUGGAUUGGAGGCAAGGAGAAAAGAAACCCAAAAAUAACAGGAGACGUGGAGAAAAACCCAAAGGCAAAGUGACCUGUCUGGAGAUAAUGAGCUUUGUUUAUGAAGGUUUUAGUUUAGGGCAGGGACUCAUAACCUGGAGUCCAUUAACUUUUUAAUGACUUUCACCACAAUUGGUUUCCUUUGUAAUCCUCUGUAUUUUAUGAAUUUAAAAACAUUAUUUGGAAAAGUAGUCCAUGCACUUCACCAGGCUGCCAAAUGGAUCCAUGACACAAAAGUAGUUAAGGAUCCCUCUUGUAGGGCCAAGGUCCCAGUUCCAUGUGACUCCCUUUCUUUGCAAGGCUAGAAAUCUUUUUAAAAAAUACAGGUUGUAAAUAAGAUUUAUAAAAUUUUUGAGACUCCAGGCAGUCAAUAUUGAUCACCAAGAUGAGAAGGUGGUCUCCCAGCCAGUUGAAUUUGGUGGUUCCUCUGACCACCCCAUCCACCAUCACUCUAUAAUAAAAGCACCAACCCAGUCAGUAUCCAAUAAAAAAAUUUUUUCUCUAGUAAAUCACUGGUUUUUAAAAAUGCAAAUAACCAGUAAACAAAAUUUAAAAUAGCGUUAAGAUGCUUAGUAAUGAGCCAUGUCACCCAUUGCAUGUAUCAGUAAAACAGAAAUAAUAGUAUAAAUUCACUAAUGUUCCAUUGGUUUUUCUGAGAAGCUAUAAUUUAGUCAUUCUUAGCUGGACUCAAUAUGCCAAGAGUGGAACCAAGGAAAGGAAAAGGCUCUGUAUGCUGUUGCAAGGAUUGGAGCAGGUCUACUGAAGAGUGUCCUCCCUCUGUUGCUGCUACUGCCACUGCCACUGUUGUCUCUCCAACUUGGUCUCUCCAGAAAGAUAUAGAAACUGCCACUGAAGUGGAAAAUUUCACCCUCUGGUUCUAUUCCUAUAACAGCUUGGAGUCUUCCUUACUUAGGAAGAAAUACCAUUCCCUGAGUUGUUAGUGACAGGUCUCCUGGCAAGGCAUUCAGUGCAAGCAUUGCCAAAAUGGCUAUUCCGAUACUAAGUCCAAGAUUUAAAUGGUUGGUCUCCUAGAAGAAGUAAAUGGUUUUUCAGAGCUUUGCAAAUGGAUGGAUUCUGUUCUAGAGCUAUUCCACAUUAGUAAUAACUGACAUUUGCAUAGUCCUUUCUGAUUUAUAAUGUGCAUCGAUAUAUUUUCUCAUUUCAUCCUCAUAACAAACCAACCCUAUGAAUUAAGUAGUAUUGUCCACAUUUUGCAGAUGAAACAAAAUUUAAGUGACUUGUGUGAUUACACAGCUCGUCGGAGUCUGAAGGUAGGUCUCCUGACUCCCAAAUCCAAUGCUCUUUCCAUUAUACCAAAAAAAGCAUGCCUUUUGAGAAUCCGUAGAACAGGAACUAUAUGUUCCAGGUAUUCUUGUUUAAGGAGGGAGGAGAAGCCUGGCAUCUAGCAACUAUCAGCAGAUCUAAUUUUUGAAACUUUGACUUUCAUUUCCUCCUGUGAAUUCAUUUUCAGUGCUUGUCUAUGUGCAAAAAUAGUAUAGACAACUCACUUAACAGCAUUUGCUUUUAGGGCACAUUCAGAAAUGUUAAAAAUAAGCUCAAGAUGAUGGGAGUGAUUCAUGACUAGCCAAGCUGUUUGAAAGAGACAUCACUCUAACAAAAGAUCAGGAAUGCAAAUUAUUUUGGUUAAAUGGGAAACAAAAAUGCAUUUCCUCCCAGGGCUCAGCAGUUCAGGUUACCUUUUAUGAGUUUCUGAAAUGACCAAGUUAGAUGAUGCCCAUUAAGGCUGUCAAAAUCCUCAGACCUACCAGGAAUAUAAAAGCUAUUUAACUACUGAGUGCUAAGUCUGCAUAAAGAUGCCUUGUGAUAAUUUCUCCUGGCCAUGGCCAAAAGCCUAGGACAAAGGCCUAAGCCACUUGCCAGGGUCCUGUAGAGCCCAGAAGAAUAAGGACAAGGCAUCGGGAACCAGGCGAUUAAAUGAUGUUGCAGCACAAUGUCACAGGGCAGUAGCUAAACCCAAAGUAUUAGGUUCACAGGUUUAGAGAUCAGAGGAGCUGUAGAGAUUUCUUCCAACCCCCCUUAUUUUUUAUAGGAUCAGGCAUAGGAAUGAGUCGAAAGAUUUUGCACUAAGAUCCCAGCUGUGAAGAAGUCAUGUUUAUAUUUGUAUCUCCUGCAGCACCUGAAAUGGGCCCUAAUAAGUGCUUAAUAGAUGUUCAUUGGGUUAAAAAGAAUGGUAUAUUUCCUUAUUACCUGCCUCUUGAAGGUGGUACUAGCCCAGAAUUAGAAACUAAUCUAAGCAUUUUGACUUUACUGUGAGAUAGGUCACGAUUCUGUACAGCUGAGCAUAAAUGAGGUUCAGAGAGGACCCAUACAACCAGACGUUGACAGAACCACCCCAAAGAACCACUUCAUCUGCCCAUUAUUAUUUCAAACCCCAGCCCCUUUCCCCAGGAGCAGAGUCUGCUGUUAGUCUUUAAUAAAUGUUUUGCUUGUAUUCUUCA